AACCCGCGGCAACAUUGGAACAGUAUCGCGCGUAAUUAAAGUGUCGUGGCCUCGUGACGCGACUGUGAGGCGGAGUCAUCAGACAGGUUUCACACAGGUGUGUACGUCCACAACAACACGAGAAACCUGGACGAAACUCAGACAAAUCACUGCUGACUUCGGUAAUUUCAGCAAAAGGCAAUGCCAGAAUCAAGCCGGCAUCAUCACACAAGGGACAAAGACUACUCUAGUCGAGACAGGAGAGAUGAGGACAGAGAGGACCGGAGAUACAGAGAUGACAGAUCACAAAGCCACCGAGAGAAGCAAAGAUACGCUGACACACAAAGGGACCCCCGAGUGUACGAGGACAGCCGAUAUCACAGUCAGGGAGUGCCCAGUUACACCGAGACAUCAUCUUCAUACUAUGAUGACAGUCAACCCUACAAUCAUAAAGGGGCACUCUACAACCUAAAAUACAUCAUAACAAGCAGAGGCAUCUGUCAGGUCAUGGUUUUCUUCUUAAGCUUGUUGAUCGUCAUCUGUGCUGGAGUGAACUACAGUAACUCGGGUCGGUAUCGGGAUAUCGCCAGCUUGGGCGGUUUGUACCAGUACUAUUACGGAGGAGCGAACGCAUUCACCGGAGCAGAGGCGCAGAAGGUCCAGCAGCUCGAUGACCAGUUCUACCAGCUCAAACUGCCCCCUUACGUCUACAGCAUGGCGUGCGGCGGGGCGCUGAUGCUCUACGCUUGUGCCAUGCUGGCCCUCGGCGUGUUUCGCAUGCCCUACCGCUUCCCUCCUCUGCUGCUGGCUGAAGCCCUGCUGGAUGUGCUCAUAGGUCUCGGUUUCAUCCCUGCCCUCGCUUUCUACUUCAUAAAGCUGCAGGAGAUCUACAAUGACCCCGUCUGUAAAGAGAGGGAAGCCAUGUACAGCAGCAAAGGUCACAGAGGGUUCGAGUGCAAUCUCAACGGGGCUGACAUAGCUGGAGGCUUGUUUGGGGUUCUGGGGGUUAUUAUAUUCCUCAUAAGCGCCGUGUUUGCCAUCAAAGCCUUCAUAAGAGUCAGGAAGAUGAAGCAGAGGCCGACAGAAGACGACAACCUGUGAAAGUUACGCCAUUUCAUGAAGAGAUUCGAAUGUGGAAAGCACAGAAGGUCCUACAGUAGUGUAAAUGCUUCGGUUGGUAUUUUUACAGUAUCAGAAGGAUAUAUAUUUUUAUAUUUUCUUUUUUUUUUGUUAAACCUUUGCUUUCUCUUAAGAGUUAUGGACUUGCAAUCUUUUUUUAAAUUCUUUUUUUCAUAUAUUCUUCACAAACAUACUUCAGAUUUGAUUCAUCAAUUAAAAAGAAACACAAUAUAUUGAGAAUGAGUUGAUUUACACAAAAUUAACUAGUGUUUCUGCAGGUCUUGAAAAUCUUUGAAAGUCUUAAUUCAGGGCCUUAAAAAGGUUCUUCAAUCAAGAGCAGAAGGUCUCAAAUUCAUAAAGUCAUGGCAUUAAAUGUUGCAUUCACUGCAAAAAAUAAGUUGUUUCCCAAUACAAAUAACUAGCUUUUUAAAUUGUUUACUUCACAUGCAAAUGUAAACGUCUUGAAAUAUUUAACAAAAUUAAGCAUUUGUGUUUAAAAUUUUGAAUUAAGUGGAUUUUUCUGAGCCAGAAGUGAAAUCUCAUUUUACUUUAACUAUAAUUUCAGUCAUUUUGCAUCUCAAAAAAUGUAUCUUGAUUUAAGAACCUUUAGAAAUUUGCACUGGAAAACAAAUCAAAAAUACUGAGGAUGAACAACACUUUUUUUGCAAUGUGAUCAGAAGGUUCAGUAAAAUAUAUUUCCAUAGUCUAGUCUUUGGGUUAUUCAGGCCAUAAGCUGUUUUUUAAAUUAAUUAAAAAGUAAAGGAGAUCAGUUGAAAGUUGUGCUUUCAAACUUUAAGUAUUGCUUGCUAAUACAACUCAUUGUGUUCUCCCUGUACCAUUACAUUAUGAGAACAGAUACAUAUUCUGAUCCUUUCGAUUGAUUUUCUAAGUUUUCUGUUUGUUCUUAGAUCAUGAAACCAUUAUAAAACCUGCAGGAAACUUUUAUAUGUUAUUUACUACAUAUUCAUCAUCUUACUAUCAUGUUUGUAUUGUCUUUUAUGCCAAUGAGACUAUAGCUCACAGUUUGUAAUUUAAUAUUAAACCAAAUAAUUUUCUUCUCUUUA